CACGUUUGUUGAGGAAAUUUUGGGUGUCGACUGGAAGUGCAGCUUACGUCAGGCAUUGGCUCACACUUGGCCAGGUUUGGCCAGCAGUUGCCACAAUGCACAUGACCACGACAAUGCUGGGCGAUGGGGAAAAGCGUUUAAAACCCGGUCACCAACGCAGCUAGAGACAGUUCAGAAAGUGACAGCGUUCCAACAGUAUCCAUCCAUCCAAUCCAAGCUUAAACAUGGCCCUAUUCAAGUGCAUCAUCGUAAGCUGUGCUCUCUUCGCUAUCGUCGAGUGUGCCUUGUUGCCUGCUGUUCCCAUCAAUACCGAGAUUGAUCCACAUCCUCAGUACGCCUACGCCUAUAAUGUGCAGGAUGCAAUCACUGGCGAUAGCAAGAGCCAGCAGGAGGUGAGGGAUGGCGAUGUCGUCAAGGGCUCCUAUUCUGUGGUCGAUGCCGAUGGAUCAUUGCGUACCGUCUUCUACACUGCGGAUCCUAUCAAUGGCUUCAAUGCUGUGGUGCAACGUGGCCCAGUUCCAGUCCCAGUUGCAGCUCCAGUUGCUGCUCCAGUAGUGGCUGCCCGUCCAUUCCUGGGCUAGAGCAGCACACAGCUGCCAUGUAAAGUACACUCAACACACCCAGAGUUGAUCUUAGCCUGUAGAUAAGUUAUUGUCUGUUCUGUAGAUCUAACCACACUCAUAAAUCAGUUAAUAAAUCCAGUUAGCCAAAGAGAACAAGCACGACGC